CAAGUCAGUGCAAUAGGGCGAAGGAGUUAAAAUCAGCUAAAGUUGUAAACAAUUUUAAUUUUAAUAAAUAAAUUUAAUUUUAAUAAAUAUUUCCGAACGUUCAUGAUAAUAUAAAAGAAAAGAUUCAUCAUUCGUAGAUAAUGGGUCCGCCGAAGCGAUUCAAAAAGGAUAAUGAUAGAGGGAAAUGGAAAAAGCGUAAAGAAGAUCCUGAAGAGUAUCUUAACGAUGAUGACUCUGUAGAUGAUAAUAAUGAAGCAGAAGGUGUACCAGAUGCAGCUAAAAAUGAUGUUGAAAAGCAAGAUGAAACAGCAUUGGAAGAUGAAUUUGGUGCAAAAGAUUAUCGUUCUCAAAUGAUUCUAAAACCUGAUUCUGGGUCAAGACCACUGUGGGUGGCACCAAAUGGACAUAUCUUCUUGGAGUCUUUUUCACCUGUUUAUAAACAUGCACAUGACUUCUUGAUAGCCAUUUCAGAACCUGUAUGUCGUCCAGAACACAUUCAUGAGUAUAAAUUAACUGCUUAUUCCUUGUAUGCUGCUGUCAGUGUUGGUCUUCAAACCCAUGACAUUGUAGAAUAUUUAAAAAGACUUAGUAAAACUAGUAUACCUGAUGGAAUUAUAGAGUUUAUAAAAUUAUGUACAUUAUCAUAUGGGAAGGUGAAACUGGUGUUAAAGCACAAUAAAUAUUUCGUUGAAUCUCCUUAUCCUGAAGUAUUACAAAAAUUAUUGAAGGAUCCAGUUAUUCAGGAGUGUAGAUUGAGAAAAAAUAUAGAAGAUGAAAAGGAAGAAAUAAUAACAAAUGUUCAAAGUAAAACAAAGACUCCACAGUUUGGAGCAAAAGCAACUACCAAUGUUCCCACUGGAACAACUAAAGUAACUGAGAUUCCUACUGAUCAAGUUCCUGCAGAAACGAUUACAGUUCCAGAAGACAUAACUACCUUCUAUGAUAAAAUGGACAAAGAAGAUGAAGAUGAAGAAGAGGAACAAGAAUUAAAAACUGUUAGCUUUGAAGUAAAUCAGGAAAAAAUUGAAAUCAUACAGAAGAGAUGUAUAGAACUGGAGUAUCCUUUAUUAGCAGAAUAUGAUUUCCGUAAUGACACCGUGAAUCCAGAUAUAAAUAUUGACUUAAAACCAUCAGCUGUACUUAGACCUUACCAAGAAAAAAGUUUAAGGAAAAUGUUCGGAAAUGGGCGUGCGAGAUCUGGUGUCAUUGUUUUACCAUGUGGUGCUGGUAAGAGUUUAGUGGGCGUAACAGCCUGUUGUACAGUACGUAAACGUGCGUUAGUAUUGUGUAACUCUGGAGUGUCAGUAGAACAAUGGAAGCAGCAAUUUAAAAUGUGGUCUACAGCUGACGAUUCGAUGAUCUGUCGAUUUACGAGCGAGGCUAAAGACAAACCUAUGGGCUGUGGAAUUUUAAUCACUACAUAUUCUAUGAUUACACAUACUCAGAAACGUUCGUGGGAAGCUGAACAAACCAUGCGGUGGCUUCAGGAACAAGAAUGGGGAAUCAUGGUUCUGGAUGAGGUACACACAAUACCGGCAAAAAUGUUCAGAAGAGUUUUAACUAUUGUUCAGUCUCAUUGUAAAUUGGGUUUAACUGCAACUUUGCUUCGAGAAGACGACAAAAUUGCUGAUCUGAAUUUUCUCAUUGGUCCUAAACUGUAUGAGGCCAACUGGUUGGAACUGCAGAAAAGAGGCUUCAUUGCAAGAGUGCAGUGCGCCGAAGUUUGGUGUCCUAUGACUCCAGAAUUUUACAGAGAAUACCUUGGUUGUAAAAUGAGUAAAAAGUUGUUACUCUACGUGAUGAAUCCUAACAAAUUUCGUUGUUGCCAAUAUUUGAUACGGUACCACGAAAGGCGUGGUGAUAAGACUAUUGUAUUCUCGGAUAACGUUUUCGCAUUGAAGCAUUACGCCAUUAAAAUGAAUAAACCUUACAUCUAUGGUCCGACUAGCCAAAGUGAACGAAUACAAAUUUUGCAAAACUUCAAGUUUAAUACCAAAGUAAACACCAUAUUCGUGAGUAAAGUGGCCGAUACAUCUUUCGAUCUACCGGAAGCUAAUGUCUUGAUUCAAAUAUCUUCGCAUGGUGGUUCUCGACGUCAGGAAGCUCAACGAUUGGGUAGAAUUUUAAGGGCCAAAAAAGGAGCUAUUGCAGAGGAGUACAAUGCAUUUUUUUACACAUUAGUCUCGCAGGAUACAAUGGAAAUGAAUUAUUCACGGAAACGUCAACGCUUCCUUGUGAACCAAGGUUAUGCUUAUAAAGUUAUUACAAAACUUGCAGGAAUGGAUGAGGAGCCAGAUCUGAUGUAUGGAACUCGAGAAGAACAGGGACAUUUAUUGCAACAAGUUCUGUCUGCUAGUGACAUGGAUGCAGACGAAGAAAGAAUACCUGGAGAAGGACCUAGACCUAUCAUACGUAAGGCUGGUAACAUGACAUCGAUGUCUGGCGCUGAUGAUGCAGUUUACUACGAGUAUAGGAAAGCUCCCGGUUCAUCUACCGCAAACAAACAUCCGUUGUUUAAAAAGUUCAGGGCGUAA